GUAAUUGACAGGGUCGUUCAUGGACAGGAGAGGGAGAGCGAGGCAGGAGAGAUAGAGAGAGAGAUGCUAGUGGGAGUUACCAGCGGAGGAUCGGCGGGGGAAUGGAGCGUACUUUUUGUUGAUUGAGGGGAACCUACCGUGCCUCCCGCGGCAGAAGCGGUAGUUCCCUCCCCAGGACAAGCAUCAGUUUCCAAUUUUAACCCCGGGUGGUGGACAUAUAUGGAUAUUUAUAGGUUAAACAAAGAAAUGUGUCUAGAACAUCACCAAGACAAUCCCGGAAAUAACAGACGUACCCUCAGCCGGUCACGUAGGCUACGUUACUGGAAGCUUUGCGUUACUGAUAGAAACAUUUCAAGCUUCUGAAUACCAGAAAACAUUUCAAUAGAAGACAAAUGUGAAACCAUUUAAAGAAAAAUCAUGAAUGAAAGAAAAACGGUGGCAAGGAGACUUUUUAAUAUGAAACUUUCCAAAGCUGUGGCUUUGCAGCCUCGGCAGUUGUGCUGCACUCUCGCUCUCGCACGGUGGCUCCCGUAAAAAAUGAGGCGAGGACGUGGGCUACGUGCGCAUCCAGCACUAGACGAGAUGAAAUGGAGCGCUUGGAACACACGAACCUUUUAAAUCCAAGCUCUUCCCACGAACACAACAGUUUUCCAGCUGCCGGCGAGAGAGUAACAAACGGUGAACACAUAUUUGGAGCUGCCGAGUUUCAACCUUUCCAACCCAACAUGGGACUUAAUGGACUAAACGGCUACUGCCAGGGCAUAGCGCCGGUUGGGAGCGCCACGGCCGCGGAAUUACUGUCUGGUCUGGCUUCAAAAACAAGCACUUCCAGCAUCACGGUUUUAAAGAAACAGACGAAUACUCGGCUGCCGUUCUAUAACGGUGGGAUUGUGUCUCCAUCCGCAACCAUCGAGGGCAACCACAGUGGGGUUUUGGCGCAAAGUCCCAACGGUUACCCUCCGAAAGUGAAAGGGGUGGGGGAGACACCCAAUGGCCUUGCGCAACCUCUCGGCAGCAGAGCACGCCUCGUGGAGAAUGGGGACAGAACACAACAUGAGAAAAGCAUUCUUCUGGUGAAGAGGCCCAAUGGUGACCCACAGGUCAAACAGCUGCACCAUCGGAAACGGAGAGGUGAGGAGAACCGGGACAUGGGUUGUGAGACUCCCAAAGGCUGUGCCUUAUCGGUGGGUUCAGGUUUAGGUACUCUAGGUAUGAUGGCCUAUGGACCAGGUGAGUCGAUAACCCCGGACUGCAAACGGAGACGAGUGUCGGAGAGCGAAGUUCACAAAGCGGAGCCUUCCAAACCCGGCAAGGCUGUCCUCCCUCUUGCUGCCAACGGCGACAGCAGCAUCAACAAUAACCAUAGCAACCACAACCACUGCACCACCCCUCACCCCUCUUUGCCCGACCCUCACAACAACAAGCUGCACCACAAUGUACACAAGUUGACGCUGCUGGGCCCCGGGGUUGUUCCAGGCCAGAUGUCCCCGGUGGAGGCCAACAGCAUCCGGUCUCUACCGUUACCGGCCGGGGCGGGCUGGUCGGCGGAGAGUAUUGCCCAGCAGUACAUCGUGCCCUGUCUGACUUCCUAUGGUAUCUGUGUGAAGGACAGUUUCCUGGGGCCACGGCUGGGUGAGUCGGUGCUAGGCGAGGUGGAGAGUCUGAACCGCAGCGGGAAGUUCCGGGGGGGUCAGCUGGUCAGCCAGAGGAGCAUCCCCUCACGGAAUAUCCGUGGAGACCAGAUCGCCUGGGUGGAGGGGCACGAGCCGGGGUGCGAGGGCAUCGCCAUGCUGAUGGCACACAUCGACGAGGCCGUGAUGCACAGCGCUGCCAACGGGCAGCUGGGGGACUGUGUCAUCAAUGGACGCACCAAGGCUAUGGUGGCCUGUUACCCAGGUAACGGCACAGGGUACAUCCGUCACGUGGACAACCCUAACGGUGACGGCCGCUGCAUCACCUGCAUUUACUAUCUCAACAAGAACUGGGAUGUCAAGGUUCAAGGAGGUCUGCUGCAGAUCUAUCCAGAGGGGAAGAGUGUGGUGGCCAACAUAGAACCGCUGUUUGACCGUCUGCUCAUCUUCUGGUCCGACCGCAGGAACCCACAUGAGGUUAAGCCAGCCUACGCUACACGCUAUGCCAUCACUGUCUGGUACUUUGAUGCCAAGGAGAGGGCCGAGGCCAGAGAGAAGUACAGAUUGGCAACCGGACAGAAAGGUGUUCAAGUGCCCGUCACUCAAAACAACAAAACCUAAAUCUUGUUCAACCCCCCCAUCUGAAACAGCUCUUUAUUGGUUGAGAGGAGAUACGGCAGCAUCUGAUUGGGAUGUUGAGGGAAAGAGGGCGGAAAUAGAACACAGUGGACUCAGUUGGCGAAUGGAGUGAGGCUGGGUCAGACUGACUCAGGUGGCAUAAGGGCCAAAGAGGAUGAAGAUAUCUGAUGAAGAGCAGUCAAGUCAAAAAUGCAUUAAAGACAACAAACAGAAUGGACACACUCUUGUUUUUGCCUUAUCAAUAAAUCAGCGCUAUUAUAAUAUAAUCAGAAAGCAAUCUUAUCUGCUCUAGCAAACUUUUCAGCUCGGUCAAAAGAUAAGGGGUAACAUACAAUAGACUUUUCUCCAAUCAGAAAGCCGGCCUAAGGAGACAGGAGCACCAUCUGCGGGGUCGGGGGAAUACGAUUGCAUCUGGUUUUCAGGGGAAACUGAAAGAGCCCGGGAGGCGACUUCUGCUUUUGAACGUUAACAAGACGGCAUCUUACCUCCACCUCCACAUUUACUAGACUGGUUCAACCGUGCAGAAGAGAACCUCCCCAUGUAGUUCUCUCCCUCUCAUCAGGUUAAGACAGUUAGGGACAUGUGAUUGGAGGUCCUGACAUUCACACACAUCGUGACACAUCCAGCGUGUUGCCUCAGCUACAACCAGCCAUCGUGUCAACAACGCACCAUUAAAGAGGAAGUGACCUCACAGGAAAUGUUCCUUUACAUAUCAUACAGUAGUGUGGCACUCAGCUAUCCCAGCAUUCAUGUUGUUGGAGACCCACCUGCAGGGUAUCCACCUGCCACCAGUGUACAGAGAAGACUGAAGACUCUCUUUAACGCAGAGAAACAUGAAGACUCUUUAACUCAACUAGUCAACAGGGGGAAAAAAGUGCUUUCGCAGCCUCAUCAAUAAUGUUUGUUCAUGUGACAGUCAGUGAGAAAGGAGUGUGUAAUGUCAGAAAGCAAUGUAAUACAAUUCCAAGAGCGUGUUUUUGUUUGUGAGCGUUUUUGAAGACGACACCUAAACAAAAGGUGGGUCGAAGGCAGGUCGAAACAGGGUUUGCUGAAUAUUAUUGUGUGUUUGUGAAAAUGUACUGUACAAGCAACCCUGUUGCUAGUACCUUGGUGGUCCCAAUUGCACCUGUAAGCCCCACCCCUCCCUAGACAGAGACUAGAGCCUACAUUGGCACUAUCAUCACCUGCAGUGCAUUCUGGUCAACUCAAACAUACAAUAGAUUGGACAUGGUUCACCACAACGUCUGAAUCUAACCUAACCCAAACCCUCAGUCAACCUUGUUAUACUCCACAGAAGCAAAUGUGAAUGCACAGAAGGGUCUGUGUGAAACUACUGCAGUGUCUGUCUAACUAUACUUGUGGGGACCAGAAGUCUCCACAAGAAUGGUAAAUAAACAAACAUUUGACUGUGGACAUUUUGUUUGUCCCCACAAGGGAAAAGUAUAUUUCUUUGGGGUUUAGGGUUAAGGAAAAUAUGAUUUUGAAUGGGAAUCAAUUGUGCCCCCAACAAGGUUAGUUAAAUGUGUGUGUGUGCCUGGCCUUGAAUGGGGGUGGGGUUGCCCUGGCCUUGAAUGGGGGUGGGGAUGCGCACGUGUGUGUGACAGACUGGGUAAGAGAGAAGUAAAAAAACGAUGACUUCAGAAAUGCUAUCUGUGAAUGAUCAGUGUAAAUUUAGAAACUGCUUUUAAGCUGUGGAUAAUAUGGUUGAGAUGCAAUAGUGACUAAAACAAUGAGAACAAAAAAUGUUGCCUCAGUUUUUUCAGAUUUUGCAUUAUUGAAUUAAAAUGUGUUUUUGUACUAGA